AUGAUAUUUUUCAGUUACAAACAACACAACGAGAAUUCCAGGGAACACUACUGUGGUUUAAAUAAUCCAUGUACCUCAGGACAGACUUGUUACCUCUCAACUCCUUGUCCAGCACAUUACAGGACUGGGUGCACAAGUAAUGCUUGUUACGGACAACCUUGCCAGAAUGGAGGAGCAUGCACAUUGGACUCAUCUGUCAAAGGAUAUAACUGUCGUUGUUUAAGUGGUUAUGAUCCGGAUACAGAUUGUAGAUCAUAUAUAGACUACUGUAGAAGCAAUCCAUGUCAAAAUGGAGCGUCAUGUUCCCCGAGACUAAAUGGUUAUACCUGUAGUUGUCUGUCAGGAUACAAUGGUGUCCAUUGUGAAAACAAUAUAGAUGAGUGUGCCAGUUCGCCGUGUAUUCAUGGUAGCUGUAUAGAUCAUGUCAAUAAAUACACGUGUUCUUGUGACCCCGGAUACACUGGAAUAAACUGUCAAACGGACAUCAACGAAUGCCAGAGUUCACCAUGUGUUCACGGAAACUGUACAGAUCACGUGAACUUGUACACUUGUGAGUGCCAGCCUGGAUAUACAGGAGUUAACUGUGAAACAGAAAUCAACGAAUGUGUGAGCUCACCAUGUAUUUAUGGCGAAUGUGUUGACAAAAUCGCUAAAUAUACGUGUACCUGUGACAUUUUGUUCGUUGGAAAUCGUUGUGAGCAAGUGAAUGCAACAUAUUUAAUAACCAUAUUGCUUGGGAUAUUGGGAAUCGUGGCGACUAUGCUCGGAUUGUAUGUCAUGUGGAGAAAAAAGAAAAAGCAGAUAGAUUCUAUACCACCUUUUCCGUUUGGAAACAUGAAACUUGGACAGACGAAAACCCAAUUUUCUCGCAAUGCAGUACAAGUGGUUCAUACUAUCCCGCAACCAGAUCCGGUUUUGUUUCCGGAUGGAAAUCUUGGACAGUCAAAAGUAAAUUUCUGCAGCAACAGAUAA